UUUCUGUCUGUUUAUAUGCGCUCUUCCACGGUGAUCGAGUUCGAUUUUGAGGCGAAGAUGUUCCUGCGGCGAGUGCUGUUGGGCGGCGGAUGGCGGGCUAUGUCGACGCAGGUAGGGAAGAAGGUGAAGGAGACGACCGGGAUUGUGGGGCUCGACGUGGUGCCUAACGCCCGCGAGGUGUUGAUCUCCCUCUACACCCGCACCCUAAGGGAGAUCCAGGCCGUGCCCCCGGACGAGGGCUACCGCAAGGCCGUCGAGAGCUUCACCCGCCAACGCCUCAACGUCUGCCUGGAGGAGGAUGACUGGGAGGAGAUCGAGAACCGCCUGGGGUGCGGCCAGGUCGAGGAGCUCAUCGAGGAGGCGAAGGACGAGCUCACGCUUAUCUCCAAGAUGAUCGAGUGGGAUCCAUGGGGAGUUCCUGAGGACUACGAAUGUAAGGUUAUCGAAGAUAACACUCCAAUUCCUAAACAUGUUCCACAUCACCGACCUUCCCCUCUCCCCAAUGAGUUCUUUAAGACGUUGGAGGCCUUCACGACAGAUUCGCCUCCCAAGGAUGAAACUGCACCCCAGUUAAAAACUUGAAUGCUCACUCUUUUGCUUGGUUUGACAAUAUAUAUUUCCAGCAUUUUUUGGUGCUAAUGAUGGACCGAGCUUUCACUUAUGAAAAUAAUAUCGCUAGGAUUCAAAAAUGUUUUAAUUCCCUGAAGGACACAAUUGCAAGACAUUGUUAGGCAACUCCAUAAUGAAUUGCUAUGCUUAUUUGUGUUUGUGUA